AAAACAUCAUUAAGAUAAAAUUAGUAUAAAUUAAAAGAAAUGUUGACAACUUUACUGCUAGUAAUAAUUAUAAUACUGGCUCCACAUUUAUCUGAUGCGGAAAUAUUUGUCAAUUCAGGAGAGGUCAAUUCUGCAAAUGAUGAACCAAUACCAAAUAUUCUUCCUGGCUUAUUAUACCCAAGAGAAAGUGAAGCACGAGAGGUAAAAUCUCUCGAUGGAUUAUGGGACUUUUUAAUGGCUCCUCCAGCAAAUACCUUUAAAGAAAAUAAUCAAUCUUGGAUUACUGACAACUUAUGGAAUGUAGGUAAUGAGAUGCAGAUGCCGGUUCCUUCAUCAUUUAAUGAUAUCACAACUUCCAAACAUUUAAGAGAUCACAUUGGUUCUGUUUGGUACAAGAGAAGUUUUUACGUACCAAUUUCAUGGCAUGAACAACGAGUUUUCUUAACAUUUGGAUCUGUAAAUUAUCUUGCACAAGUAUGGGUAAAUGGUGACCUAGUAAUAAAUCAUGAGAUGGGUCAUUUACCGUUCGAGGCUGAAAUCACAUCUUCUGUAAUUUAUGGAGGAAAAAACAAAAUUACCGUAGUUGUUGAUAAUACUCUCCUACAAACUAGUGUUCCUCAAGGAAAAAUUGUUGAAGCUCCUACUGAUCAUGGCUCUGUUAAAGUACAAACUUAUUCUUUCGAUUUUUUUAAUUAUGCUGGAAUUCACAGGUCAGUAUUAUUGCACACUAAGCCUCGAGUGUAUAUUGAGGAUAUUACAGUAAAUACUGGGUUAAUUGGAAAGAUGGGAAUUGUGAAAUAUAUUAUUAAAGCUAAUGGUAUGAGAGAAAGGGAAACACCUGUUUGCAGAGUUAGACUGUUAGAUGCGGAGAAUACCUUAGUUUUUAAGGAACCAGUUUACAAAAUGAAAGGAACUUUAAAAUUACCUCUUGCAAAGCUAUGGUGGCCUAUAAAUAUGAAUCCAAAUCCAGGAUAUUUAUACACUUUAGAGGUUACUGUAUCAGUGCCGAAUACUACAAAGCCAGAUAUUUACAGGUUACCAGUUGGUAUUCGAACCUUACAAUGGACAAAUAAUAGUCUUUUAAUAAAUAAUAAGAAAUUAUACCUUCGUGGUUUCGGUAGACAUGAAGAUUCAGCUAUAAGAGGCCGUGGAUUUGAUUUAGUCACAAUGACUAGAGAUUACGAACUACUUCAAUGGGUUGGAGCUAAUUCUUACAGAACAAGCCAUUAUCCCUACAGUGACGAGGUUAUGGAUAUGGCUGAUAGGUUACGAGGUUUUCUCAUCAUAGACGAAUGUCCAUCUGUAGAUACAGAAAACUUUACACCAACUUUGCUACAGAGACAUAAAGAUUCUUUAUCUGAACUAAUUAGAAGAGAUAAAAAUCGACCAUCAGUAAUAGCAUGGUCCAUUGCUAAUGAACCUAGGACACAAUUAGCUGCUGCAGCUGGUUACUUCCAAGAAGUAGUUCGGCAUACCAAAGCAUUAGAUUCAUCGCGACCAAUUACAAUAGCCCUUUCACGAGGAGUUGAUGAAGAUAAAGCUGGUGAAUUUUUGGAUAUUAUUAGCUUCAAUAGAUAUAAUUCUUGGUAUCACAAUUCAGGAAGAACUGACAUGAUCACAGAAAAAGUAAUUUCAGAAGCUGAGUCUUGGCAUCGCAAAUAUAACAAACCCGUUUUGAUGUCGGAGUAUGGUGCAGAUACAAUGCCUGGAUUGCAUGAGUUACCAACGUAUGUGUGGAGUGAAGAAUAUCAAGUAGAAGUCUUCUCUAAACACUUUAAAGCUUUUGAUAAAUUACGAGCAAAAGGUUUCUUCAUUGGUGAAUUUAUUUGGAAUUUCGCAGACUUUCGCACAGCACAAAAUGCAUCGUACGACCUCCAUCACCGGCACCGAUUUAAAAAUACAGACUACAGCGCUCCACAAAAAUCGUUGUUACUAAGAAGAAUUUAAAUAUUUUUUAAAAAUAAAAGUUGCCUUUUGAAGCUCAAAUAUAGUAGAAUAUCACCCAAAAAUUUCGUCUACCGCAAUCAUUUCCUUCCCUUUCAAAAAACUUUAUGAAAAAACGCUUUUUUUCGCCUUCUAAAGGAGACUACUGCCUUAACAUAAAUUACAAACAACAAGGGAGAAAAUGCAAUUCUCCGCAACAAAAAUAUACUCCUUUUGUUUUGAAUGCAGCUGUGAAAGCAGUUACCAAUACUAAACUUUCACUAAGAAAAGCUUCUGAAACUUUUGGUAUUCCAAUAACUAGGUACGCAUUUUCGACACAGUAAAGAUUCAGAAAAAGUGUCUUGGAAAAAAGGCCCUUCAAUAGUGUUUACAGAAUCGGAAGAAGAAGAGAUUGUUCAGUGGGUUUCAUACAGAGCAGAAAGAGGUUUUCCUGUCGGUAAAACUGAACUUCUUGAUUGUGCGCAAAGUUACAUUCGUAAGCUAGGAAGGAAAACUCCUUUUAAAGACGACAAACCGGGCAGGCACUGGUAUGACAGUUUUCGUCAACGUCAUCCCAUUUUGAUGGAAAGAAUUCCACAACAUCUUACAUGUUUGAGAGCAGAAGUAACACAUGAGGAUCUUCAAAAUUGGUUCGCAGAAAUAUGACAGUAUUUAAAAAAAAUCUAUUUUAUCUAUUUAACUGCAACGAAACGAAUAUACAUUGGCAUUGGAAAUUCCGAAUCUGGCUGGAUGACCAUUGAAACAUUUUACGAAUAUAUCACAAAUAUAUUUUACUCUUGGUUGCUCAAAGAAAAAGUUGAAUUUCCUGUUGUUCUGUAUUUGGACGGACACUCAUCACACGUGACAAUGCCAUUGAUGUCUUUUUGCAGACAAAAAGGAAUAGAGUUGAUCUGUUAGUAUCCCCAUGCAACGGCAAUGGCGCGUUCCGUAUAAAAAUA